AUGAAAGAUGGCAGGCUACUUCUACUUGUGGUUCCUACCUUUUAUCUCAGCAUAUGUUUGAUCAACGUAGCAGAUAAUGCUCUUGAAUACUGGGCAGCUCUUGUAUAUGGAUUUGUUCUGACAGGUUUAUUUACUGUUUCUACCGUUUUCCAUACUGUUGCAGCAUUUAGUUCGAACAGGUUGUGGCGCAAUAUAUUUCAUAGAAUGGAUAGAGCUAUGAUAUAUAUCUUUAUUGCUGGCUCCUACACCCCCUGGCUUCAUCUUAAAUCUCUGUCUGGGAUAUCCUCAGAGCUUAGAUGGGCUGUUUGGGUGCUAGCAACAUUGGGAAUACUUUAUCAGCAAAUUUUUCAUGAAAUGUACAAGGCUUUGGAAACAUUUUUUUAUGUUGUUAUAGCUCUGCUUCCAUCAUUAGCAGUUUUCGAGAUGGAUGAUUCGGGCGGUUUAUUCGAGCUAAAGGUGGGAGGAGUUAUCUAUAUGACAGGAGUUGUCUUCUUCAAGUGUGAUGGUGUAGUUCCUUUAGCCCACGCAAUCUGGCAUGUUCAUGUAGUGUUCGGAGCUUUAAUUCAUUACUAUGCUGUCUCCGCCUACCUUAUAGUGGAGGAGGUGUAAGAAAAGGUCACAGUUUUAUAAAUUCGCAGAGAGAAAAUCUUCAAAACCACUCGUAGUCCAACAUAAUUUUAAUCCUUAAAGGGACUGUAAGCGUAAUUUUAAGUGACCCUCCUAGAUACGCACCGGUACCCUUUACAGCUCUGUCUGAUCAAGGAUGAAUUUAAUUUGCAAAUUAUUAUUCAUUUAAACAGCUCCGUUUCAUUUGUGGUUUCUCUGC